AUGUCGCAGCACACACAACCACAACAUUAUCAACCUCAGCAAUCUCUAAAGCUUACCCAUCCAACGCCUUAUCAUCUGUCUGCUUUAAACAAUGGCAACUACGCAAAUGCUCCCCAUCCCUUAACCGAUAUCGAUAUGCAACAGCAACCACACCAUCAGCAACUGAGUCCUCCCUACCACACAGCCACAAGAGACCCUAUGUCGGACCAUCAACAGCGGAACAGUAUUGAUUUCAACGACUCCUUUUCCCAACACAUCAUGCAUCCCAUGUCAGAUCAUGAUGAUCACCUGGAAUAUCAACAGAAUCCCAGUUUAUACGAUAGAAGCUCGUUUAGUUCGGCUAUCGAUCACCAUCGCCGCUCUUCAGCUGCAACAGACAUCUCAUUACAAAAUGCAUAUCACAACCAACAGCCAAUGUUCAUUCCAAGUGGCAGUGCUGCUAAUGUAAAUUCUGCCUCUCAUUCGUUGGCCAUGUCAGCGCCUGCCAACAUGUAUGAUUAUCACAGCUUUCAUGUAGCUGCUACGCCGGCUGGAGCAGGGGGACAUGGACAGCAGGAUGCGUUGGAAAAUGGUGCUUCAGGUACAUCUGCAAGUAAUAGCGUGGCAGCAAGAAGUUUUGAGGACGAUUACCAGGUACAAAUGAACAUGCAGCUCAUGAUGGAGAAGCGUCGACGUAGAAGGGAAUCCCACAACGCUGUGGAAAGAAGAAGAAGGGAUAACAUUAAUGAUCGUAUCCAAGAACUGUGCAGUUUACUGCCAGAAACAGCUUUAGAGGGAUCCAAUCUCGGUCCUAACAAUAAACCGAACAAAGGUGCCAUCUUGAGAAAAUCAGUGGAUCACAUCAAGCAGCUACAACAAGAGCUAUCAAACUAUCUUGUCAAGGUGGAAGAACUGGAAAAUACGCUAAAAAUGUAUCAACAGCAAGGAGCUGCAGGACCAAGAUGA